AUGAAGCUCCUGACCUCCUGUGCAGUACUAGCCUCGGCACUCACUGCCUGCGCUGAAUCAGAGCCCGGCUACUAUGCAAACCUGACAUGGGAGCAGCCUCGGACUCUAUCGAACUGGAGCAAUCUUACCGUUGAGACUCAAACAGGGACAUUCAUCGGCAUGCUGAACGAUACCUAUCCUGAUGUUCGCCAGUUUUCGCUCGUCCCUUAUGCUCAGCCACCAGUAGGAGAUCUUCGCUGGCUACCUCCUCAGAAGUUGAAGAAGACAAAUCGGAAGUUUGACUCGACGAGAUAUGGCCCAGCGUGUCCGCAGUAUGUCUCUACCUAUGAUAGCAUCUGGACCGAGUACUCGCCAACCGCAUUACUCUACAACCUCGGUGAGACGCGCACUCAGGGCUCCACGGCCUGGUCGACAGCAGAAGAUUGCCUGUCCCUGGCGAUUUGGACUCCAGCGUCAGCAACUCACCGUUCCAAUCUCCCUGUGGCACUUUUUGUGACCGGUGGCGGCGGGGUUACCGGUGGCAUUGCCAUCCCAUCCCAACUGCCACCCCACUGGGUCUCGCGCUCCCAGGAGCAUAUUGUAGUCACGAUGAACUACAGAGUCAACAUAUUCGGGAAUCCCAAAUCCAGAGCUUUGGAUGAGACAUCACUCACUCUACUCGACGUGCGAGCCGCGGUUGAAUGGGUAUAUGAGAACAUUGAAUCUUUCGGUGGGAACAAGGACAACAUUAUGUUAUGGGGCCAAUCUCAAGGUGCCGCUCUCACUCAUCUCUACACCCUCGCCUUUCCCGACAACCCCUUAGCCGCCAAAUUCGGCAUCCUCUCCCAACCUCCCUCUGUGACCAUUGACCUCAGCACCACCGAUGAUGUCUACCAAGAUUUCGAUAUCGUGGCCCAAGCUCUGGGCUGCAACUACGGCAGCGACGCUACCGCCGCAUUAGAGUGCAUGCGUAAAGUCUCCUGGGUGCAGAUCUCGGAAUUUAUCAACCGCUACAGCGGCUCUCCGUCGAUCUCAUUCAGCAGCUACAUCCCGGACGAGAAAUACAUCUUCGCAAACGAGACCCAGCGCUACCACUCGGGCAAAGUCGCCCGAGGGCCGGCCAUCCGCUCCAACGUGGAUCGUGAAUCAGCCAGCACGAACCUGACAGCCUCCGCGAUCACCGAGAUGGAAUGGAGCUGCGCCACUGCGUCGGAUGCGGCGCUGCGAAAGGCCGUUGGGUUAGACACUUAUCGAUAUUUCUGGGCGGGAAACUUCACCAAUAUCUCCCCAACCCCUUGGCUCGGCGCCUACCACUCCUCCGACCUUCUGAUGGUCUUCGGGACAUAUAUGAAGCAGAUUGGGGACGUCCCCGAUCUAGAGGUGCUCACGUCGGAAAAGAUACAGGAUUACUUCCUGGCAUUUUUGAAAGAUGCCACCUCCGUGGCUGAGACGGUGGGGUGGGCGCCGUUCGAUCGCGAGGGAGCGAAUGGAGGCACGAUUGUCGAAUUUGGCAAGGGUACCGCAGCACGAAACGUGACGGGGGACUGGUUGGAUAAGGCGUGCAAGAGUGGUGCUUUGGAGGAUGUGAGGAUUUGGGGGUAGAUUGGUUGGUUCUGUGGUAACCUUCUCGCUGGUGUGAUGGUGGUUGUUUAUAGUUGUAUCUGCAUAAGCCCACAGAUGACGCUGAGUCACCAAUGUACACAUAACUACUGCUCGCAUGCACC